AUGGCCACAGGACCUGGACUAUUGAAAGUCUGUGAGACCUUCGUGGCCUGCAUCAUCUUUGUCUUUGUGACUGAUCCCGUGUUGUACGACCGUCAUGAUGCACCGAAGUACUGCAUGGCUGUCUACUGCAUCUGCUUCAUCCUGUCAGCAGCCAUCAUCCUGCUCUGUAUAGGCGAGUGUACCGGGUGCUUGCCUUUCCCGUUCCCCCGGUUCCUGUCAGCCUACGCCAUGCUGGCUGUGGUCCUCUACCUGUCAGCAACCAUCAUCUGGCCUAUCUUCAACUUUGACCCCAGGCAUGGUGGGAAUAGAGAUAGGCCAUACAGCUGCAGCACAGAAUCGGGGUUGUGUUCAUGGGAUAAGCGCAUGGCAGUGGCUCUACUCACUGCUAUCAACUUCAUUCUCUACCUGGCAGACCUGAUCUACUCCACCAGUCUAGUAUUUGUCAAUGCUUAAAAAACAGGAAGUCAGGCUAGCAGUAUGCUCCAAAUAAAAUUGAAUUUGCCCAGUUUGAUAAAGGCUUUGGAACUGCUGUCACUGUUACUGCUGCAAGCAUACUCAGUUUAGCACUCUGGUCACUUUAAUGGAAUCACUAGAGGACAAGUCGUGAUAGGAGGCUAAAGAGCAAACUUUAGCAUGAUAGCACAGCUGAGACAAAUCCUGUAUGACUCAAUUUGUUGUUUGAAAUUUACCCUGAAAAUGAUAUGAUUUGACUUUUGCUAGAACUAGACAGAAGGAGAAAAGCAUGCCCUAUGGCCCAAGGUAACUGUGCAGUAGUAAAUAUGGACAUGCAUUUUAAAAAACUCAAAAGAGAGUGUGCUCAAACCAUGAAUGAAGCUUUUCAUAGGCAAAGAUUGACAUAUUCGGCUGGUCAAAACACAGAUCUUGCGCUCUUUUUGGCCUGAAACUUUAGAAAUUAGCCCUGAAACCUUGCCGAAUUUAAUUUUGUGUGAAGUAUACUGCAUGACUGAAUUUCUUAGAGAGGAAGAGAGAGAGAGAGAGAAAGAGAGAGAGAGAAAGAGAUGGGAGGAGUUGGAAGCAAGUUAGUGGUUGUGUCUACACAUACAACGAUAUGACUUUCUGUUCAUGUAUUGGGGCAUGUAAAUGGCAAAUAUAUUGGCUUCCAGUCACCCAAAUAGACUCUUAUCUUUUAUAUAGAGACCUGAAUGUGAUUGCUGGAAUCUGCUGAUAUUACUCAAAAAUCAAUUCCCAUUUUAAUACAGAAAAUACAGUUUUCAUGUAUGCAGGGAUGCUUUGGAUAGUAGUAAUCUGUCAACAGAUUUUCCAAAGGAAGAUUCAAAAAAUGCUGUGUGCAUGUAGAAAAGACAGAGUGGAAUAAAAACAACAAUAAUGUUGAGUUUUUGGGUUCUGGCAAUUAUUCUUUUUUUAAGUUCAUGAUAUCAACACUUCAAUGAUUUAAAGAAGUUAUGAAUUGGUUUACAUGAUGUUAAAGAUGAUUGGUAGCCUAGGUUUUGCUCUUGUUAUGGAGUGUGUGUGUCUGCGAACUACAAUCUAUUGUAAGAACAUAUCUGAAAAAAACAAGGAAAGCAUAUAGUCAAAGUGCACGCAUUAAUGUUUUCAUUGUGUGUUUAUAUUUCUGGUGUCUCCAAAUAUCAAAGAACCUACUAAUGCUAUGUCAGUUUGUGUGGUACUGCUCAUAGAAAUCUAUUAAAAAAGGUUUCACUCCGUCUACAUGCUCUUAGGAUUGUAGUCUUUACAUUUUUUAUACUUUGCUGUUUCAAGUGUGGAAACCGCAUCAGUGUUGAAGGAAAAUGUAUUCCAGUGUUUCAAUAAAACCACAUGAUUAACAGAUGUUUGUGUGUUACUUUCAUGUUUUUAUGCUUUGGUUUAUUUAAAGCUCCUGUAUGGUCCAAUUUGAACAUUUUAUUUAACUCUAAACUUUUUUUAGCCACCCUGUUGGUGUAGCUUUGUCAUGUCACAAUGUGAGUCAAUCCCCUUGUAAGUCAAGACUGAAAUAUGUCAAAGUUUAUUAGAAGCUGCAGAAUCUGGUAUAGAUAUUUAAUAUUAAGUGUGUGACACACACACAUAGGAAAAUAAUUGGUAAUAUGAGUCAAUAAAUAUACACAUUUACCUGUCACAAUGGAAACAUCCAGGGUUUAAUACAAGCUUGUAUGACAUAAACUACCAGAGAAAUAAAAGCUGGUGUGUUUACCAGCUGAUUUGACCAGAUGCAAAUGGGUUGUGAUGUGUUUGAUCACAGUGAUGUCAUAUUUGCAGUUUCACUUUGUGUUUUCACCAUUUCAUUUGUUUUAGCCAUUCAUGAAAAUACAAAGGCAUCAUUGUUUCACUCAGAAAUUAUUAUGUAGGAGGACUGACUCUCUUUGGGCACAGACUGCUGGCCUCACAUAGUUAUAGCUUGUAUUUCAUCUGGAGCCAUAAAAAGUUGCAUCAGACUCUAGAAUACCACUAAUCAUUUUCUUUUUCUUACAAUUUUCUCUGCCUGACAGAGGAAACUCCAACAAAUAGGAGGAAUCUGUUCUGCUUCUCUCAUCGCCCAAUUCACCUCUCAUCAUGGCAAUAGUCCUCCACUUCAACCCUCUGCUGUGGACACGGCUGGCAGCCCUGGCUUUCUCCUGUGUGGCAUUCUCUGUGGCUGUGCAUGGUGCCAGGAUCAUCCCCGGCACCGG